AUGGCAGACCCAACCCAAACACCCAAAAACCUUCGCCCCCUAAACCGCUUCAUAACAACCCACGAUUCGUCUGGAAAAGCAAUCUUCUCCUCCCACCUCUCCGAAGAAAUGCCAGUCCAAUCCAUGCCAGACAGCGCAGACUUCAGUCUAGCAUAUACAUCCUCCCACUUCCCGGCCCAACUAAAUAACUCCACCGAUCUAGCCGAAUACGCCUCCUACCUCUCAACUCCACCCGGAAUCACCAUUUCUACCGGAAACGUCUGCCGAAUCGUCGACAUUCGACCUGGUGCCGAGAGUCCGAUGCACCGCACCGUGUCUUUGGAUUAUGGCGUCGUGCUAGAGGGCGAGAUUGAGCUUGUCUUAGACUCGGGCGAGACGAGAUUGUUGAAGCGUGGUGAUGUUGCUGUGCAAAGGGGAACGAAUCAUGCUUGGAAGAAUGUUACGCCUGACGUUGUUGAUGAUGUGUCUGGUGUUAAGACGCCGCAGUGGGCGAGGAUGUUGUAUGUGCUUUCUCCGGCUGAGGAGAUUUUGAUUGAUGGGGGGAAGAGGCUUGGGGAGGUUGUUGAUGGGAUUGGUGUUCGUGCUAGUACUUAA